GAAAAUUACCCAGAAGUCCCUGGGGGCGAGGUUGAACACCGGUGGCCACGUCGAUCUUCUAGAAAGUGGUGGCGAUCAAAACAAAUCGUACAUUUUACCUAGCUGUGACCUGUAUCGGUUAUCAUAAAUCUUCUUUCUAACUGUUAACUCGAUCCUUCACGACUGGUCUAAAGACGUAGCCCAAGUCGGUCAGUGGUGUUCAAGCCAUAGGCAUAAAUCGGUGAACCAUCUAAAGCUCACCAGGUUUUUCCUAGAAUGGGUAAUGUUGACUCCUCUCAAUUGGCUCCAAUCCCACUGGGGUUUGAAUACAUGUGUCUGGUCUUGCACAAACCUGAUGGGAUACGCAUCAUUCAUGGUAGUGAACAAAACAUUGCUAUUAUCAAAGAGGUGUUAUUGAGUACAUGGGAAGCUGGCUUAGAUGAUAAGGAUGCAAAGAUGAAGUGCCAUGGCUAUGUGCAGUCCUUCAAACUUACCGGAUUCCCAUUUGACAAAGGGAGCUCUCAAGUGGAGGCUGUCAAUGCAAGAAAACUCGUGUCUAAGUUGCUUUGGAAGCUAAACAAUGUUGGUUGGAAACUUGUUAUGACUACCGACCUGUCCAGAAAGCUAGGAUUAGGUACUUUCUUUUUUGUGAAAGAGGAAACUGAGGCAGUGACAUACACAUUUCCUUGUAUAAACCUAAGUAGCUCAGACAAAAUCCAGUUUGUCAACUUCUCUCAGCGGUUGUACCCACAAUUUCUGUCUGUCAUCGAAUCCACUUGGACUCAAGGAAUACAGAUGAUUGAGUCUGAGGAAGAAAAUUUGUAUGAAGUGAAAAUGCAUGGAGACCCAUGGAAAGGUUUUGGACAAGAAUCCAUUGAAUCAAGGUCCAUGAUUCAGAAGCUUAUUGAGCUUUGUGCUAAGAAUCAACUUUCAUUCCACUGUGCAGCUAACAUAAAGAACACAGCAGACAGUCUGUUCUUUUACCAUGAACCAAAGCUCACAGAAGGGGUGAUUCCUUCAAUGUUUUCUAUCAGUCUAAAUGGUACAGAUGGGGUCAGGCUUAUAAACUAUCCUGCAAAUAUGCAGUCUGUGGUUCAGCAGGUAUUAGUAGAUAACUGGGCCUGGAGAGGUGGUGUUGCAAGUGAGAGGGAGUUUUAUGGAGGCUAUGAAUACAAGCUCAAUGGAAAUCCAUGGUGGUCAGAAGAAAAGGAGUCUAUCAUGGCAAGGUAUCUUAUCUUAAAGCUCCUCGAGGCCCUGCAAGGCUAUGGCUGGCAUGUGAUAGGGGGAUUUGACGUCUCUCGUCGCCUGACCACCAAAAGCACAUUAAUAUUUCAACAGUCAGCACCAAUGAAAACACCUCUUUUAUGCAUCAGUGCAAGUGGAUCUGACAAGUUGAGGUUCAUCAACACCCCAGAUGCAGAACUCAGCAUAAUGCGUGAGAUUAUGCAUAAGCACUGGCCCAAGAAAAUAAGUGCAGAGAAGAGGAAAGAUACAGCACUUGGUGUCUCCUGUGUACAGUUCAAGAUGAAUGGAACUCCUUGGCAUGGGGAGGAUGAUGAUAAGUACUAUGCACGUAGCAUGAUGUGCUUUCUGUUACAAGCAUUGUCAAAGAGAAGCUGGAAACCGGUUCUGUCUGCUGAUGUAUCUGCUCAGUACGAUAAAGAUGAUGAUGAUGAAAAGUAUCCAAAAGAUGUCCAUAGCUGGUGGUUUAUGAAGGUUGAGUCCCCUGAUGAGCUUUGGGGUGGGUCAACCCAGUAUGGCUUUCUUAUGCACUGAAUAAUCAAGUUUAAACAGUGUGAUACAGUUUGACUGACUUACCCAAGUUCAAACCGAAAGAACUAUUAAUUUAACUUUGUAAGUAAUGUUAGGUGUGUUGAUAGUUAACUAACAGCAUUUGAGGUUACAUAGACUAGUGAAUAAGGGCAAAAAUCAAAAUCUGUAUACCAAUCCACUUAGACUUUGCUCUGUUGCUUCACCACCCUCAAGUAACUCUGAGAGAAAAAUCUGGAGUAAAUCUAUCAUUUCCAUAUUUUAGCUUGAUGAUUCUCCAAGUAAGGAUAUACUCUAGUGUUUGUGAGGAACGUUUGUUCCCCCUUUUAUCACAUCAGGGAAAGUUCAUUCAUUAUUCCGAGGGGGGGGAGGCGUUAGAAUUUUGAUAAAAGUAACGUCUAAAAUUAAUUGCCCCCCUCCAGGGGAAACAAAAUUUUCCAUGCACCCCUUACGAUUCCCCCAUAUUUUCGGUGAAUCAGAUGCACGCUUAUAGCAUUAAAACGUUUUGUUAUAACUUAAACAUGGAACAUAAGCAAUUUAUAAAUAUAAUUUAGCAGAAACCAUGAAAAUAUGUAUAUAGGGUGUAUACAGUUUUGUAUUGCAUAGAUAAAACGUAUCCUGACUCUGGAUUGUGCAUGCCAAAUAACUUCCCCCAAACCGAGAAUCGUUGAACCAAGACUUUGUAUUUGACACUUGGUCAAAUUGUAUAGAAGAGAAAGCACCCUAAGGAAUGAGUUCCCCCCAUUUUGAAAUCCAUACAUUUUCGAUGGCCUUCCCCCCCCCCCCCCCACCCACCUUUAGACCUUGGAAAUUCUAGAUCUACCCCCCCCCCCUCCCCAUGGUAUCCUUACGCCUCACCACCCCCCACACCCACACACACCCCCCCCCCCCCCCCCCCCCCCCAUUUCGGGAUAAAUGAACUUUCCCUAAGUAGACAGGGUUUCGAAAAGGAAGCAGUAACAAACCAUUUGAAGCUAGGUAAUGGGAAAGGGAUUUAUGGUACAGCGUUAUGUUUUAUAGUAGUGGAGCUGGUUUCUUUGGUGAUAUGUUAUUAUUUAAGAGGCGUUUUAUCAUUUUCUCAAUGUCUUUCUAUACAAGAGUGGGGAUUUAAUGGCUUUUUAAUGUGGAAGAUUAUAAUAUUCGCGGAAACAAAGCUUUCGGUGCGGUGACGGUACAACGAAAGAAUGAAUUCUUACAGGUAGCACAAGCUCGUUAUUUGUCCCUAUUGAUUUUACGGUAAACAUAGGGCGAAAAAGAAAAUAAGUGAAAAAUAAAAAAAAAAAUCUGUGUUUAUGUUUA